AGUAAUUAGAAAUGAGAAUGAGUGAAAUUUAAAAUUAACACCAAUAAAAAAUGAAAUUAAUGUCUUCCAUGAUUAGUGAAAAUGAUUAACUUGUAAGUUAUAAUUAUGAUUAGAAAAAACGAUUAUCUUUAAAUCUAGGAAAAGUUGAAACUUAACAAGAUGUAGCAAAAGAUAUAAUAAAAUUAAAGAAAGAAUAUGAUGAUAUGAUCAUGGAGAUGCACAAAUAAAAUAUGGAUUUGCAGUAAAAAUAACAAAUUAUUUAGUUUUGUAAAUUAAGAUCUAAUUGAAGAAAACAAUAAAACUAAUGAAUAAAUUAAAUAAUUAGAAGAAAAAUAAUUAAGUAAUUAUAAAAAAUUAAUUAGUAUAAAGAUGACAUUUUAGAAAUUUAAUAAUUAGAAAAGUAGCUAGAAGUUAUGGAAAAAGAAAUUAUGAUCUAAAAACAAAGUACUAUAUAUAUAAAUUAAACAAGUUGUUUUAAUGGAAGAAUAAUAAAUAAAUGAAUAUUAAAUGAAAUAAUACAUUUAAUAAUAAAUUGUAGAUAAUGUUAAAAUUAAAGUUUAUGAAGAAUUAUAAUUAGAUAAUUAAAAUGAUAAGGUAGAGAAUAUGUAAAAUUUAGAGAUGGAAUUAAAAGGUUAAUUAGAUAUAUUAGUAAAAACAAAUAAUGAAUUACAAAAUGAGGUAUAGUAAUAUUAAAAAAUUAAAAAUGAACAGCAAAAUAAUAAUUAAGAUUAUAUAGAUAAAUUGAAAAAUAAAAAACAACUUUUAAAGUAGAAUAUACAGAACUUACAUAUAUAAAUAAAUGAUUUUGAAUUGAAAAACAAUUAAUUAUAAUGUGAGUUGUAAGAAAAAGAAACAUAAAAAUAAAAAGAAAUUGAAAUAAUAAAAUUAGAAAUAGAGAAAGGAGUUCAUCAUUUAAUGGAAAAAACAUAAUAAAUUGAAAGUUUAUAAUUAUUAAAUUAAGAACUUGAAUUAAAAAUUAUUUAAUUAUAAUAAGAUUUGGAAGUAAAAGAAACAUAAAAAUAAAAAGAGAUAGAAAUAAUAAAAUUAGAAAUAGAGAAAGGAGUUCAUCAUUUAAUGGAAAAAACAUAAUAAAUAGAAAGUUUAUAAAUUUUAAAUUAAGAACUUGAAUCAAAUAAUAAUUAACUUUAAGAAGAAUUGUAAGAAAAAGAAACAUAAAAAUAAAAAGAGAUAGAAAUAAUAAAAUUAGAAAUAGAGAAAGGAGUUCAUCAUUUAAUGGAAAAAACAUAAUAAAUAGAAAGUUUAUAAAUUUUAAAUUAAGAACUUGAAUCAAAUAAUAAUUAACUUUAAGAAGAAUUGUAAGAAAAAGAAACAUAAAAAUAAAAAGAGAUAGAAAUAAUAAAAUUAGAAAUAGAGAAAGGAGUUCAUCAUUUAAUGGAAAAAACAUAAUAAAUAGAAAGUUUAUAAAUUUUAAAUUAAGAACUUGAAUCAAAUAAUAAUUAACUUUAAGAAGAAUUGUAAGAAAAAGAAACAUAAAAAUAAAAAGAGAUAGAAAUAAUAAAAUUAGAAAUAGAGAAAGGAGUUCAUCAUUUAAUGGAAAAAACAUAAUAAAUAGAAAGUUUAUAAAUUUUAAAUUAAGAACUUGAAUCAAAUAAUAAUUAACUUUAAGAAGAAUUGUAAGAAAAAGAAACAUAAAAAUAAAAAGAGAUAGAAAUAAUAAAAUUAGAAAUAGAGAAAGGAGUUCAUCAUUUAAUGGAAAAAACAUAAUAAAUAGAAAGUUUAUAAAUUUUAAAUUAAGAACUUGAAUCAAAUAAUAAUUAACUUUAAGAAGAAUUGUAAGAAAAAGAAACAUAAAAAUAAAAAGAGAUAGAAAUAAUAAAAUUAGAAAUAGAGAAAGGAGUUCAUCAUUUAAUGGAAAAAACAUAAUAAAUAGAAAGUUUAUAAAUUUUAAAUUAAGAACUUGAAUCAAAUAAUAAUUAACUUUAAGAAGAAUUGUAAGAAAAAGAAACAUAAAAAUAAAAAGAGAUAGAAAUAAUAAAAUUAGAAAUAGAGAAAGGAGUUCAUCAUUUAAUGGAAAAAACAUAAUAAAUAGAAAGUUUAUAAAUUUUAAAUUAAGAACUUGAAUCAAAUAAUAAUUAACUUUAAGAAGAAUUGUAAGAAAAAGAAACAUAAAAAUAAAAAGAGAUAGAAAUAAUAAAAUUAGAAAUAGAGAAAGGAGUUCAUCAUUUAAUGGAAAAAACAUAAUAAAUAGAAAGUUUAUAAAUUUUAAAUUAAGAACUUGAAUCAAAUAAUAAUUAACUUUAAGAAGAAUUGACAGAAAAAGAAACAUAAAAAUAAAAAGAGAUAGAAAUAAUAAAAUUAGAAAUAGAGAAAGGAGUUCAUCAUUUAAUGGAAAAAACAUAAUAAAUAGAAAGUUUAUAAUUAUUAAAUUAAGAACUUUAAUCAAAAAUUAUUUAAUUAUAAUAAGAUUUGGAAGAAAAAGAGACAUAAAACUAAAAAGAGAUUGAAAUAUUAAAAUUAGAAAUAGAGAAAGGAGUUCAUGAUUUAUUGGAAAAAACAUAAUAACUAGAUAAUCAAUAAAUUAUUAUAGAAGAAUAGUAAUAAAAAAAUCAUUAAUUAUUAGAAGAGUUAUAAGAAAAAGAUAUUUAAUAAUAAAAAGAAUUGGAAAUUUUAUAAUUAGAUAUUUACAAAAAUUAAUACAAUAUUCUUUAAUAAAAUUUAGUUAUUUAAACCUAUGAAUAAUAAAUUAACAAUUAAAAUACUUAAUUAUCUGAAUUACUUAAUAAUACCUUUUAUCAAACCUUAGAAUAAUAGAUCUUAAAUCAACAAUAAGAAAUUAGUAAUUUGAAGUUAUCAAUCUAAUAGUAAGAUGAUCAUUAAAAAGUUUAUGAAUAAAUUUUAAAUAAUCGAAUAGACUAAUUAAAAUAAACUAAUCUUAACUAUGCAACAUAAAUCUUAACCUUAUCUUAAGAUAAGGAAAAACUAUAGUAAAUAUUUUUUUUUAUUUAGAUCUAUUUGUUCUUAAUUAAAAUAAAUUGAAGCAUAUUUAUAAUAAGAAUUACAGAAAAUGUAGGAAAAAAUAGAAGAACUUUGUAUUGAACUUGACAAAGUUCAAUAGCCUUCUACUCGAUCAUCUUCGAUUUCAUCCUAAAAUAAGACUUUUAUUUAUGAAUAAUUUUUUAAUUUGGUAGAUUUAUAAAUUAUUUUAGACUUCUUAAUCAGUUUAAAUCAAUUCAAAUCAUUAAAAUGCAUAUGAUGUUAAAUUAAAAUCCUAUUUCUCUGAAGUUGUAAAUUAAGGAAUACCUUUCCAUAAAGUAACUUUUAUUAAAUAUUAAGUGGGCAAAAUGGCUCGAAGAUAAAUUAAAAGAGGAACUUAAUAAGUAGAAAAGAUGA